GGGAUUCAGGAAGAGAUGGUUUCCAGGAAGAGAUCUGGAGCCACCAGCCGAGUUCUUCAUUUUGGGCUCGGUGGAGCUGGGCACUGGGAUGUUGGUGGCAGUGUUGAGGGGCCCCUCCCUGUUCCUGUCAUGGCAUCUGCUCUCACCGUCCUCCUUCUUGGCUGCUGGCUGGCUGGGCAGAUCGGGAUAUCGGGACCAUUCCUUUGGUCCAGCCCCUCCAUCUCCGUCUGCCCCAGCGGGGUGAUCGCCCCGGGGGCAGCCGUCACCAUCCGCUGUCAGUGUUGGUGUUGGGGCAGGAGGUUAUUUCUGGAUAAAGAUGGAAUCGAAAUCUGGGACCUAUUUGCUGAUGGGGACGAAUUCACCAUCCCCAGUGCCAGGUGGGAAGACGCAGGGGCCUACAGCUGCCGAUCCCACGCCAUAUGGGAGCCGCCCAGCUGGUCAUAUGCCAGUGACAUUGUGCGGAUCAUUGUUGCAGAGACCUACUACCCCAAACCUGCCAUCUCCCUGUGCCUCAGCGGGGGGGUCGCCCUGGGGGGAGCUGUGACCAUCCAGUGUCGGGGUCAGCACCAGAAUGUGAGGUUCCUUUUGUACAAAGUUGGAAACCUGAACACACUACAGCAUGUGGAGCCGGCUGGGGACGUGGCUCAGUUUCCCAUCCGCAACAUGAGCCGGAGAGACGCAGGGACCUACAGCUGCCAGUAUAGCACCAAAUCAGACCCACCCAUCUGGUCGGAGCCCAGUGACCCCGUGGAGCUGGUGGUAGCAGAUCCCAGCUUACCCAGACCCUCCAUCUCUCUGAGCCCCACUGGGGUCACCGCCCCAGGGGCAGACGUCACCAUCCAGUGUCAGGGUCCGCGCUGGGACGUGAGGUUCUUCCUGCACAAGGCUGGAGACCUGAACCUGCCGCGACACAUGAACCCUGCUGGGGACGGGGCCAAGUUCCACAUCCCCACCGUGGGCCAGCAGCAUGGAGGGAGCUACAGCUGCAGCUACCGGCCCCGAUCCGAGCCCUUCGUCUCCUCGCAGCCCAGCGACCCCGUACAGCUGGUGGUAGCAGAUCCCAGCUUACCCAGACCCUCCAUCUCUCUGAGCCCCACUGGGGUCACCGCCCCAGGGGCAGACGUCACCAUCCAGUGUCAGGGUCCACGCUGGGAUGUGAGGUUCUGCCUGCACAAGGCUGGAGACCUGAACCUGCCGCGACACAUGGACCCUGCUGGGGACGGGGCCGAGUUCCACAUCCCCACCGUGGGUUGGCAGCACGGAGGGAGCUACAGCUGCAGCUACCGGCCCUGAUCCAAGCCCUUCGUCUCCUCGCAGCCCAGCGACCCCGUGCAGCUGGUGGUAGCAGAUCCCAGCUUACCCGGACCCUCCAUCUCUCUGAGCCCCACUGGGAUCACCGCCCCAGGGGCAGACGUCACCAUCUGGUGUCAGGGUCCGCGCUGGGAUGUGAGGUUCUUCCUGCACAAGGCUGGAGACCUGAACCCGCUGCGACACAUGGACCCUGCUGGGGACGGGGCCAAGUUCCACAUCCCCACCGUGGGCUGGCAGCACGGAGGGAGCUACAGCUGCAGCUACCAGCCCCGAUCCGAGCCCUUCGUCUCCUCGCAGCCCAGCGACCCCGUGCAGCUGGUGGUAGCAGAGCCCAGUUACCCCAAACCCAGCAUCUCCCUGAGCCCCAGCCAGGGGGUCUCCCUGGGGGAAGCCGUGGCCGUCUGCUGUCAGGGGCAGCACCGGGGCAUGCGGUUCGUGCUGAAUAAAGAGGGACGCCAUUUCCGAACUGUGGAUUCGGACCUUUUCGCUCUGUUUUCAAUCAGCAACGUGAGCCAGGAGGACGGCGGGAGCUACAACUGCUCCUAUCACAGCAGAUCAGAGCCGUCCGCCAGGUCAUCCCCCAGCGACCCUGUGGAGCUGGUGGUGAGAGAUCCCAGCUUGCCCAGACCCUCCAUCUCUCUGAUCCCCAAUGGGGUCACCGCCCCAGGGGCAGACGUCACCAUCCAGUGUCAGGGGCAGGGCCGGGACGUGAGGUUCUUCCUGCACAAGGCUGGAGACCUGAACCUGCCGCGACACAUGGACCCUGCUGGGGACGGGGCCGAGUUCCACAUCCCCACCGUGGGCCGGCAGCACGGAGGGAACUACAGCUGCAGCUACCGGCCCCGAUCUGAGCCCUUCGUCUCCUCGGAGCCCAGCGACCCCGUGCAGCUGGUGGUAGCAGGGCGUCUGGAUUUCACUAACACCAACAUCGCCCGCCUGGCGCUGGGCACCGUGGUCCUGCUCGUCCUGGGGCUCAUCCUGGCUGAGGCCUAUUACAGCCGCCUAAGAGAGGUGCCCUAGAUGAGGUGACACCCCCUUCUGAAUAUUCUUUAAGCAAAAGGUCUCUUGGAAGGUAUCAUUACAAAACUUAUGAUCU